UUAACAACACGGAUGCAGAAGCAUCACUCCAAAGGUACGAUGCUUUGGUUGUCUCGCGAGAUCAUAAGACAACGAGCACUGUGUUGUGAAUAAAACCCUGUUAUCGCGAGACUUGCGCAAGGCUAUUGGACUUGUCCGGCGUCGCUGUCCUUGUAAAGGCCAGCCAGCUGCCAUGGGGAACAUUUUUGGCAACCUCCUAAAGAGUCUCAUAGGGAAAAAAGAGAUGCGGAUUUUGAUGGUCGGCCUGGAUGCAGCUGGAAAAACCACAAUCCUGUACAAACUGAAGCUUGGAGAGAUAGUCACAACGAUUCCCACCAUUGGGUUUAAUGUGGAGACAGUGGAGUACAAGAACAUCAGUUUUACAGUGUGGGAUGUCGGUGGUCAGGACAAAAUCAGGCCUUUGUGGCGACAUUACUUUCAAAACACACAGGGCCUGAUUUUCGUGGUGGACAGCAAUGACCGAGAGAGGGUGAAUGAAGCCAGAGAAGAGCUAAUGCGGAUGCUAGCUGAAGAUGAACUGAGAGAUGCGGUGCUGCUCGUGUUUGCCAACAAGCAGGACCUGCCAAACGCCAUGAAUGCAGCAGAGAUCACCGACAAACUGGGCCUUCACUCACUUCGCCACCGCAACUGGUACAUCCAGGCCACUUGUGCCACCAGCGGUGACGGUCUGUACGAAGGCCUUGACUGGUUGGCCAACCAGCUCAAGAACAAAAAGUAAGGCAAAUCUGUGGACAACUGAGCUGCAGGUCUUCAGGGAGCACCAGUGGGUUUCUUUUAUUGUGUUUACAAGAUGAUUCUGAAGAGAGCAGGCUGGCUCAGUGUCUAGCUGUGUAGCCUGUACUUUUCACACUUUGUAAAAAUGUCACUUUAAACCACUUACUCCCAUUCUGAUGAUAUAUAAUGAUAGAAAAUAAGUAGCACAUCUCCAUAUCAUGUUUUUCUGUUUUGUUAGUGGCAAGAAAGCUGGUUGAAGGUGUGAAAUUAAGUGAUUCAGUAAUCAAUAAUAAGAGAUGCUGAAUUUUGUUAUUAAUGUGGUAUAAAGUCUGUAGUGUUAAAUGCAGGUCAUUUAAACUAUUAUUAUGUGCUGCCCAAAUGGCUCAAAGGUCUUAGAUAUAGGAAAUAAAAUGAAGUGAACAUUCUUUCAGAGACAGAUCCAGGAGUGCUAGACAUCUAUCUAUUUUAUAUGUUUUUGCUAGAGUAAUGCGAUUGAGGUUUUACAGUAACGUUCUGUGUUUUAUUAGCAUUUAGAUCUGUGGAGAAUCCGGUAUUGCAUUUUGACCGCUUGCAUAUAUCGCCCUGUUUUGUGUGGGCCUCUGCGAGUUUGUGCACAGAUAGAAGACAUUAUCACUAUCCAUGUUUUCUUUUGUUUUGUCGUUUGUUUGAUUUUUGCAUGCAGACAUUGACUUAGAAUUAUACGGUGGCUGCACAUUUCUUGACUUAUCAGUUAUAUCUCUUCUCUAGCAUGGUUGUGUGUGGUCUGCUUUUUUUUUUACUAUAUCUGUUGCAUGUGUUUAUUAGAUGCUGUGCAUUAGACAAGAGUAGCUCUCUGUAGCUCCAUCAGUGGUCUAGCUGUUAUUUGUUUGUUAGAGUGAUUAGAAGCCACUGUAUAUUUAUUUCUCAUCAUAUAUUGGUGAAUGAGAACAAGGAGUUGUAAUAUUUGAAAAGAUAUUUAUUGUGUGCUUCUGAUCAAACCAUGUUUUUUUUAAUGCAUUGUCCAUCAUUUCUGUAGCGAUGCUGAGAUUUAAACGGUUCAAUCAAACGUUUCACUGAACAAUGCAGUGUUAUAAAACAGCAUCCCACAAUGCCUCAACUUGUCUCUCUCCUCAACUGUUCAUUUGCUUACUGAACUGCCCACAAAAUCAUGCGCUUCUGAACUGUUACGUACUUCUGCCCUACGUACAGUCUUUACACAACAGUGAGCAGCUGAAACACUAUUUAUUUGUACCAAUUGUGCAAAUCAGUUUGGAACCACUUAGUAAUUAACAUUGUAAAGAUGAUUAACUGGCAUUAAUACGAUGUAUCUACCUGUGUGAAUAUGCCCAAUAUAUUAUCGAACAAAACUGUCCAAUAAACUCUCUGUGACAAAAAGGAAACAUUUGUUUAUUCUGGAGAAAGAUUUGCAUGAAAUGACAGCAAAAAAUUGGAUUACUGCAUUUUUAAAAUCUUUUAAAUACCUUUAGAAACUGGGGUGUACGAUACAUUUUUAUAUACUGUCCAUGAAAAAACAUACAAAGGCCUGAUUCCAGUGAUAUGUCAGAUAUGUUCUUUGAUUUUGUUCAUCAGUUUUAUAUCAGCGUAUUGCUCAGCCGUAUGUUUUAGUGUUACUGUAUUUAUUAUUCAUCAUGAUAUUCAUUGCAUUCGGUUUGUGGGCUGUGGAGCAGAUUACAAUGUCAUUUCAUUCUUAUGGUUUAGUAUUUAAUUAUAAAAUGUGCCUCUUUAUCAUAAUAACAUUGUGUGACACCACAGAAAGCUAUAAAUCUUUUCUUAAUGGAUGCUGCCAUGGAUACAGAAGGAGUAGCUAUAUACCUGCACUUCUCAGCUCUUUUUAAACAUUUUUUAACUACUCUCUCUGCCAACAUUAAUCACUAACUUGGAAAAUUCUAGCAGUGGGAAUUGUGAAAAUCCUCUCACCAAGGUGCCCAGUGUCUCGCCUUCUCUGUUUUUUUCUGGCUUAUCCCACACACACAUACACCUCCCUGCUUGCCCUCACAGAUUGUCUCCAGGGGUGUGACAGCAGUAUGUGGGUCAGGGCAGCUCACUCCGGGCUGCCAGCCCCCAAUGCCCCCUGCAGGCGGUGCACAAUAGCGGCACCGCUGCGGGUGCCAUUGCUGGGAUUCUCUUUCGUAACCGGGGCGCUCUCGGCCAGGGCACAGACACACUGGCAGCAGUGCAGCAAUCAAUUCAUCAAUGCAUGAUGGGAGCACGGGGUGCUCAAGCUCAGCCAGCCCACCCCCAUAGCCAGACCCUGGCCACCAGCGCUGAGCCUGUGAUACAGCCCUGGAGUGGUGUAUUAGUGCAUGGAAAUGCAGAUCAUUUAGAGGGCAAGAGGGGCCAGCAUGGAGCUGAUUGCUCUAAUAGUACUGCAAUAUUCCACUUUAACGAUCGUUGAGGGUUAAAGAAGCAGGAUGAAUUAGCAGGCAUAGGGGUAAAUGAGUUGGGAAGCACAAACUAAACUGAUUCAUUUGACAGCUGAGUUGACAAUAUUUCAAAGGUGGUACAAUGAAUAUUUUGUCAACAAGCUCAAUUUAAUGCUGAUGUAAAA